GGUACAUAGUGUUCGCUUCCUUUGCUGAGUACACAGGAGAAACAGUCUCAAAAUGAAGCUGCUGUCGAUGGUUCUGGCCGUAGCGGUGGCUCUGUCUUGCCUGGUGAGCUGGAGCAGUGCCAUGCCUGAGCCUGGCCCUGCAGCUGACCCCAAGCCCGAAGCUGGACCUGGCCCCGUGGCUGACCCCGACCCCCUCGCUGUCUCUGGCCCCUUGACUGUCCCUGACCCUGUGGCUAUCCCUAGCUACAGUCCCUACGAUGGAUUCGGAUAUGGUGGAUACAACUACGGCAGUCCUAUAUACAGCUACGGAAGUCGUGGAUACAGAUACGUUCCUGGAUACGGCUACGGCGGCUACGGAUACGGUGGAUAUCGCGGUGGCUAUUACGGAUAAACAAAACCAUGAUGCCGGACCGUUACUUACCUACUUACCGCUCUUACCGUAGAAUCUCUUCCAGUAGUUGGUCUCAAAUAAACUAUAUGAAUGAA